AUGGGCGAAGUCGAAAUCGAACUCGACCAUGAGGGGCGCGAUGAAUCUUUGACCAGUCCGGGGGAUCAAGCGAGCGAGAAGGAGCCGUUGGCAACAUGGCGACUGUCGUUGAUUCUUUUCAGUCUAUGCGUGGGACUGAUGUUGUCCAUGAUGGACAACUCUAUUGUGUCAACCUCCCUCUAUACCAUUGCGCUGGAGUUCGGCUCCCUUGCGGAUGCAAUCUGGACCGUCCUGGCCUACACAUUAUCCUAUCUGGGGUUUGCCGUAAUAUUUGCUCAGCUGAGUGAUUUUAUUGGUCGCAUGUUUGCCGUAUUGGGCGCGUUCACAGUCUUCAUCGCCUUUUCAAUCGGGUGCGGAUUUGCUCAAUCGCUGCACCAGCUCAUCAUAUUUCGAACCUUUCAGGGUGUGGGUGGAUCUGGGCUGUAUGCUCUCACCCUUAUCAUUGCCUUGGAGCUUAGUACGCCGAAGACGUGGGCGCUGAUUUCGGGAUUGGUGGGCGCCACGAUUGCCAUCGCUGGCGUUCUUGGGCCGAUUCUGGGCGGUGUCUUGACCGAAUAUGCGUCGUGGAGAUGGAUCUUCUGGAUCAAUAGUGCCCCUUGCGGCGUGGUGCCUGUGGCCAUCUUCGCGAUUGCUUGGCCCAAAGGUCGCUCUCACGACCAGGCUAUUCGCAAACACUUCACUCAGUUCGAUAUGGUUGGGAGUCUACUCCUCCUAGCGGCGUCGGUUCUGGUUGUCUUCGGUCUGCAUGAAGGGGGCACAGGAACCUAUGCGUGGGGAAGUUCCGUGACCAUUGCGACUCUGGUUGUCGGUGGUCUCUGUUGGAUAUCCCUCUUUGUGUGGUCAUUUUUGCUAUCGCGGGGCCGGUGGCCAAGUAUUGCCGCGAUUUACCCGUGGGGGCUCUUUUCACACCGGGUGAUGGCGGCCGGGAUCAUAUCCACCAUGUUCACCGGAUUUACCUUUUUCGUCAUUAUCUUCAACCUACCCUUGCGCUCUCAGAUCGUCAACGCACAGUCCCCGGCCGCCGCUGGAGUUCGUCUGCUUCCCCUACUUUGUGCGACGGCCGUGGGCUCAUUUCUAGGAGGGGCUGCGUCUAGCAAGAAGAACCGAACCUUUCACACGUUUGUUGUUGCGACUGCCUUUGUGUUGCUGGGCGCUGGUUUGUUGUCGACCAUUCCCGCAGACUUCAAGAUGCCCUCCAAAGUGUAUGGCUUUGAGGUGAUUGUUGGGUUUGGGAUUGGAUUGACUUUCUCAACUGUCAGCCUGCUGACUUCAAUCGAAAUGAGUGCCAAUAUGCACGCCGUGGCUCAGGGCAUUGUGUCUCAGGUUCGCGUGCUAGGUGGUAGUAUUGGCAUUGCAGCGGCUAAUGCCUUAUUUCGCGUCCAAUCGCACCGAGAACUCCAGGGAAUUCUAUCAGAUGAACAAAUUGGCGCCCUGCAAACAUCCACCAAGAUAAUGAACACCUUGAAUGCAUCCCAGGCUCAGGCGGUGCGACAGGCAUAUUCGGACGCCUUCAGUCAGAGUAUGCGAGUGUGUGUUUACAUGGCAACGGUCGCCUUUGUGGCUGCCCUGUUUACCUGGCAGCGACAUCCUUUCGCUCAAGAAACACUAAAGAUCACGAUACCCAAGUCGCAGUCAUUUUGA